UUAAAAUUCACAGAACAGGAAGCAUGGGAAAGCGUGGCCUUAUCAAAUCACAAGGAUGCUAAAAGUCAGGGAUUACACCCAGGUACCAAAGGAAAGCUCAUAGCAGGCUCUGGAGGGAACACAUGUAGAGUGGUGCCAGUGCCCACGUAAGGUCAGAGAUGUCUGACACUCUAAGAUUGGAGCCCACAGGAGGAUGCUCUGGGGGAUCCUGCAGACCUCAACCUCCCCAAAGGGGAUGCUCUUGGCAGAGGUUCUGAGAUCUAAUACUAAGCCCUCCUUAGAAUUUUCUCUUGCAGUUGCAAUGCUGCUUGGCCCCCAAAUUGUUUAGAAUCUGGAGUUUACUGUCUACUGGGAAAGUGGGAUGGCGCUGCAUGGAUCCCACUUGUGCUGCUGUUGUUAAGAACAAAUAGUUCCUCUUCAAAGGGUUUUGGUUCUUGGUUCUUUGUUCUAUUCUAAAAGGUAAUCUUACCCAUUCAUCUAUCAACCCUCCCUAUCUCUGAGGUGCCCAAACACACCCAAGAUACACUGUACCUGUUCUCCCUGUCAAACGCCUACCCUCGCCUCCUUUGAUGAUGUCAACAGUAGCCAAUCAGAAUUAGCCUAGAUUGUGUGGUCCCACCCCAGCCCACAGUGGGAGGACACAGGAACAGGGUCUGCUUCAGGGAUAAAAACUCCUGGUCUCCUUUGUUUUGCACACUCUCCCUUGCCUCUGCUUUGCAUGCAGGAAGUGACCUUCUAUAGAAGUAAAUUGCCUUGCUGAGAAAACUUUUGCCUGAAUGCUGGGUUCACUUCGCAGCACUGACAAUUUGUUUCUAACAAUCUGGCGCCUUGCCCAGGAUUCCCAUUCUCCUCUGGGGAAGGGGUCUCUGGUCAUCUCCCAGGGGGAGACGCGUCCCACUGCCUCACUGAGGUGGCCUCAGGGGCUAGAGAUCGGGACUCCACCUGCUGUGACGAAUAAACCCGGACUCUCGGCAACGCGGGAAGGAAAGCCUUGCCUACAAAUACCGUGGCGACCAGGACUAAAGGUCUCUUAGCGCAAACCCCGCCUCUUGAGUUUCCAGUUGAUCAGCACCGGCCCGGAGACUACGUCCUCCAUAAGAGCUGGGAAGAAGAGCAACUUGAACUGUCCUGGGAGGGACCAUAUCUAGUGCUCCUAACAACUGAAACUGCAGUGCGAACCGCCGAGAAAGGAUGGACCCAUCACAGCCGAGUCAAGAAAGCGUCGCCCUCUCCAGGGCCAUGGGCCAUGGUUCCAGGGGAAAAUCCUACCAAACUAAAGCCAAGGAAAGUUUAAUUCUCUUUCAUCUAUUCUGUUACUCCUUCUUCUUUCCUUGUUCUCUAGCUAGCCACCUCAUUAUUAAUGUAACUAGAUCAGACUCACCCCAGACGAUUACCUUUGAUGCUUGUUUAGUUAUGCCUUGUGGGGAUCUCCAAAGCCAGAGACGGCUUACAGCAGCGGAGAAAUAUCUCUGCCCCUCUAAAGCAGAUGCUUCUAGCUUGUCUAGGUUUCCGUUUUGUCCAACUUGGGACGAAGUCAUUUGGGUCACUCAACGCCAAGAUUGGGUCCCCUCAACAGAUUUCCCGCUAGCGGUUCUAAGGCCCUAUAUCCAUUUUACUAAAGGAAGUGCCCCUCCCAAUUGUCAAUAUAACCAAUGUAACCCGGUGCAAAUUUCCAUCACCAUCCCAACUCUCCAAGAUUCCUCCCCCACCCUAAACCGCUUCUAUGGGAUGGGAGCAGAUGUAACAGGGAAAGACCCCAUAGGAUUCUUCGAGUUGCACCUCAUUACAUCUCCGUCCCCCACAUCUCCACUUCUACACCCUUCUAUACCUGCUGACCAGACCACUGUCUCUUCUCCACCUAAUGACAAAACCAAAGUAGCUAUUGUAGAGGUGAAAAAUUUAAAACAAACACUGACAAUUGAAAGAGGAUACAAAGAUGCAAAUGCCUGGAUGGAAUGGAUUGAAUAUUCUGUUCGCACUCUAAACAAAAGCGACUGUUAUGCUUGUGCACAAGGCAGGCCAGAGGCCCAAGUUGUCCCCUUUCCAGUUGGAUGGUCUUCCGACAAACCAGGCAUGGGCUGCAUGGUGGCUCUUUUCCAACACCCCACAGCCUGGGAUAGCGAAUUCUGUCGAGUUCUGUCUGUGCUAUUCCCUGAAAUUCCACACAGUGAGGAUCAGCUCCCGAGGGCGAUCCAGCCUCCAUCUCCAGAUGCCAAUUUUACUUCCUGUCUCUCACGACGGGGAAAAAAUUUGGAGUUUCUUGGGGACCUAAAGGGAUGCAGUGAGGUUAAGUCUUUCCAAGAGCUUACCAAUCAGUCUCCCCUUAUUCAUCCCCGAGCUGAUGUAUGGUGGUAUUGUGGUGGACCCCUACUGACCACCCUGCCAAGUAACUGGGGUGGCACUUGUGCUCUAAUUCAAUUGGCCAUCCCUUUCACCCUGGCAUUUCAACAACGAGAAAAAGAGAAACCACAACACCGUAAAACAAGAGGGGCCCCUCAGGGAUCUUUUGACUCUCGUGUCUAUAUAGAUGCAAUUGGAGUCCCACGGGGGGUACCUGAUAGAUUCAAAGCCCGAAACCCAAUAGCUGCAGGAUUUGAAUCAUUACUUCCAAUGGUAGCUAUUAAUAAAAAUGUAGCUUGGAUAAAUUACAUCUAUUAUAACCAGCAGCGAUUUAUUAAUUACACUAGGGAUGCUAUCAAAGGAAUAGCUGAACAAUUAGGGCCUACUAGCCAAAUGGCUUGGGAAAACAGGAUGGUCUUAGAUAUGAUGUUAGCAGAAAAAGGUGGCGUUUGUGUUAUGAUAGGAACCCAAUGCUGCACCUACAUUCCCAACAAUACAGCCCCUGAUGGAACAAUUACAAAAGCUUUACAAGGUCUUACCUCCUUAUCAGAUGAAUUAGCCACAAAUUCUGGGAUAAGUGACCCUUUCACAGGAUGGUUAGGAACUUGGUUUGGUAAAUGGAAAGGACUCAUGGCCUCUAUUGUUACCUCUCUCGCAAUCGCAAUAGCUGUGCUUAUAGUUGUUGGAUGCUGCAUCAUACCCUGCAUUCGUGGGCUAGUCCAAAGACUUACAGAGACAGCUAUUAACCGAACCUUCUCUAGUUCUUCCAAAUCCUAUAGUAAUAAAUUAUUUCCCUUGAAAGAUCAACAAAUCCAAGCCAUGUUAGAUAAGUUUAAAGAGGGAAAUGUAUAAAUUCAAGAGGAGGAAAUUGUUGUUAAGAACUAAUAGUUCUUCUUCAAAGAGUUUCUGUUCCUGGUUCUUUGUUCUAUUCUAAAAGGUAAUCGUACCCAUUCAUCUAUCAGCCCUCCCUCUCUCUGCUGUGCCCAAACACCCCAAGAUGCACCCCAAGAUGUACCUGUCCUUCCUGUCAAAGGCCCACCUCGCCUCCUUUGAUGAUGUCAACAGUACCCAAUCGGAAUUAGCCUAGAUUGUGCGGUCCGACCCCAGCCCACAGGGGGAAGACACAGGAACAGGGUCUGCGUUAGGGAUAAGAAACUCCUGUUCUCCUUUGUUUUGUACGCUCCCCCUUGCCUCUGCCUUGUAUGCAAGAAGUGCCUUUCUACAGAAGUAAAUUGCCUUGCUGAGAAAACUUUUGCCUGAGUGCUGGGUUUACUUUGCGGCACCAAAAAUUUGUUUCUAACAGAACAGGAAGCAUAGGAAGGCGUGGCCUUAUCAAAUUAUAAGGAUGCUAAAAGUCAGGGAUUACACCCAGGUACCAAAGGAAAGCUCAUAGCAGGCUCUGGAGGGAACACAUGCCGAGUGGUGCCAGUGCCCACCUAAGGUCAGAGACGUCUGACACUCUAAGAUUGGAGCCCACAGGAGGAUGCUCUGGGGGAUCCUG